AGAUGAUUAUUGCUAUGGAUGAAGUAAUCAACACCUUUUUAACCAAUAUAAACAGACCUAAUUUAAAUAAUGAAAGAGCUGUUAUUUGGUUGGAUGAUAACAUUGAAAAUGAAGAAAAUUCUGAAUUGACUUAAAGAAUUAUAAACUGUUUUCCAGAAAUUUAAAAUUUUCAUUUUUCUAAUGAUCAUCAAAGUCUUAUAUAUAUUGUUUAAAAGAAAAUUAUAUUACUUUUUUUGAUUUUACAUGGGUCACUGGCAAAUGAAAUUCUCCAUAUGCUGAUGUCCUAUCCGAAUAUUCAUUCGAUUGUUAUUUAUUGUUAGGUCCCAAAGAAAUAUGAAGAAUUAAUAUCAAAAUCUAAUUCUAUUAUCUUUAUCACAAACUAAGACGAUGAGUUUAUUGCAACCUUGUAGCAGAACUUAUCACCUUCUUUAACUUUAAGAGAGAUCAAUUUAUAUUAGUUUCCUAUAGAAUGCUGCGCUUUAUUACCUUUCUGAAGAAUUUUCCUUGAAUAGUGUUCCUAUACUAUCCAAAGAUGAAAUUCUUAUAAUAAUUAAAAAUUCUACGGAAUAUGCACUAAAAACAGUAUAUACAUUGUCAUUAGAUGCUUAAGAAGAAUUAGCUUUUUAAAUUCAUGAGAAAUUUAAAACUGGAAAAAUUGAGGAUAUAAUUAAUCUUUAUGCAUGA